UUAAAUUAAUCAAGCGGUCUAUACAGACUAUGGCAAUUUAUAUUUAGUCUUUCACUAUUCAGAUGGAGAAUAUAAGAGAUAUUGUGGAUCUGAUUAAAAAUCUCUCUAGUUCAUGCCAUUUCCCUUACAGAUUUAGAAACCAAAGAACUAAAAAAUAUGAGGUAGUGAAUUAUAUAGUUUGUACUGUCUAUUCUUAAUGGCACAACUACUUUCCAUCUAUCCUAUAAUUUCGCUGAUGAUGCAACUCUUAUCCCAAAAGCUUCCACUUGCAGAACAUGAACAAUAUUUAUCAGACAGCAUUCUCUACCUACCAUCUUAUUCAUACUCGUUCAGGUUUUCCCCAUGAACUUUCAAUGAAUCAUUCACUAUUUUAAUGCUGCCAUAUGCUAAAUAAAUAAUAACUGUUUCUAACUUUCCCUUCAUAGUUUUUGCACAUCAACAAAUGAGAAUGUGACAAUUUGAACAUCUGAAUUUUCUCUAGUACAAUACUCUAAAAAGCAGUUGCUUAUAAUUAGGCUUAAAAUGAUUUUCCUUAAGAAUUCUUUUGUACUAGCCUCAGAAUAAAUUGAUACUCAGAGAUGGCUGUCACACAAUAUAAGGCAGCUUGAAGAAUUCCAACAUGAAACAAUGUCCAAAAGCGUAGUAGUGUUGUCAGUUCUUCAUCAAAAAUAGUAACAAUCUUAGGACUCCUUAAAGGAUAACUCAGUUUAUUAUUGUCUAUAUUUUAAUGGCUCACAGUCCAUUUCAUCAGAGGAAAUAUCAGUUAUUAUAUAUACUAUUCACUCACCCUUGUACUGAUUAUAUGCUAGGAGGGAAGGUCAGUAAUCACAACAUCCUUAUUUCAGUAAUGUGGAUUCAGUUAAAAAAUUAUGCUUCAGUGCAUCUGGGACUAUGAACAUAGUGCCUGUUUAAAAAAAAUCUUUAAAACACCUGAAUAGCUUUGAAGUUUGUACACUAUGCUGGGAAAAGUUGCAACUAUUUUAAAGAGGUAUUAUGUUUGUGCUCCUUCAUUCUCCAAAGAACACAUUUUGAAACUGAAUUCAAAACUCUGGUCACUACUAAUAAACAUACUAUGCAAUUACCAAAAAUUACUUGUUUCAGUUACUAUACAGUAUUUAUUAGACUUAAAAUAGUUCAUAGUUUAUGAUAUUUUAACUUGACUUUUAAAAAUUUUAAAUGAAGUUCAUUAUAAAAAUAUUUUGAUUCUUUGAAACUCAUUGCUUUAGUUAAAUCAGUUAUUUUAAAAGCUAUUCAUUUCUCAAUCAUCUACUUAACUUGUUACCGUAUUUUUCGGUGUAUAAGACGCACCUUUUUACCCCCAAAAAGAGGGUGAAAAUCUGGGUGCAUCUUAUACACCGAAUGUGGCCUCACCACCUGCCGCCCUCCACCCUUCAGAGGUUGUCAGACUCUGUGCACUGCACAGCCAAGCGUCCUCAUGAAAACGGUCUUGCAUCUGCUUCAAAGGGCCGCACUACAGCUGAUCAGUGCUGUAGGUAGCUAGUAGACUGGUGCCUCUAUUUUUAAAGAAGGUAGACUGGUGCGCUCCAAAAAAAAGACAAUUAGUAGACCCGUGCCUCUAUUUUUAAAGAAGGUAGACCAGUGCGCUCCCAAAAAAGGCAAGUAGACCAGUAUGGCUCUGCUAGACUGAAGCAAGCCUGGUAGAACGGUAUAUUUCCUGAUUAGAAAAAAGAAAUUUUUUGGUCAAAAAACUCACAAUGACUCUGAAAGAAUCGAACAGAAAUGGGCUGGAAGCCAGAUCUGCUAGAGAUGUUUCUCUCAGGCUGACUGUGUCGAAACUGGGCCCAACAGGAAGGAGGAAGGGGCGCAGUCAAAAAACUAUGACUCAGUCUCUAGGCAGAUCCGGCUGUAGCAACCCAUGUUUGACCAAUGUCUCAGCCUUAGUGGAGAACUGGUGGCUUGCUGGGCGCUGCACAGGAGGUGUAAGGCAAGGUUCUGCCACCCGAAAACUGUUGCCACGAUCUCUGCUGCAUGGAACCGCCCAAAAACGGGAUUUUCUUUCUUUGCCUCUGCACACCCCAUUUUUGGAACUGGGGAGGCAGCGGAGAUCUCCAGGCGAUGGGUGGCAGCGCCUUGCCUUUUGCCCCCUGCACAGCACCUGCUUCGCCAAGCAAGUCCCGACCUCCGCGUUUCCCCAGGCUGCUCUCGUUAUCAAAAUCUGAAUGGAAGUGAGGACGCCGCUGAUCCUGAUACUGCAAUUGUUAUGUGAUCAUUAGUGAACCAACAGCUCACUAUGGUUCAGUUUUGUCAAAAAACUGAAAGGAAAUGCUGAUUUUCAGCAAAGCCAUUAUAAAACAUAGUCACGUGACCAAAGGAUGUUACAUGGAUUUAAUGUUGGAUGUACAAAAGAUUUCUAAAUCCUUGAAGAAAUAUUUGAAAAGUAAGAAAAAAUUUGCAUGGAAAUUCAAGCCUUAAAAAGCAAUCUGAUGAAAAGAUCAAGAUUGUCAAAACUAAAAGAAAGGAUUGUAACUAUAACUGCAAAAGAGGCAUCUAAACACCUGAAAGGCGAUCCCAGAAACGAACAGCAGUAAUUGCUUGAGUAAGUUACUGAGUGACUAUUGAGAUGGAACCGCAGAAGAAAACCGUGGAUGAGGAAAUGAAAGAUUUAUUCCGUGAAUUUAAAGAUAAAGAAACUGUGAAAGACCCAUGGAAUUUCAGAAUGUGGGAUAUCGAACAUAAAUAUUUCUUCUAUGAGAACAACGACCUGAUAGCAGCCCCACUGGAUUCUAGGACACCAGAGCAGUUGAUGGCUGUGGUCCCCAAUGACAACUUAGAUUUUAGAAACCGACCCAUCUUUAUGGGACUCACUGGUAAAACCAAGGUCUUGAGCUGUCUGAAGUCAACUAAUGAUGAGCCUCAGCUAGUGAUAUUGGAAAAGGACAUCAUGGAUUUAUACAGAGACACUAAGGAAUUCAAGAAUUUUUCUUUCUAUGUUAUCACUAAAGGCAGUUUAUCAACUUGCUGCUUUGAAUCUGCAGCGUUCCCUGGUUGGUUCUUAAGUACCUCAAUUCAGCCAAACAUGCAAGUUGGUCUUGGCAAGCUAAAGGGUCCUGAGAUCCUUUUAUUUCAUUUUGAAAAAGUUGCUUCCACUCCAAAGUAAAUUUUUGAAGAAAAAUUAACAAAGAGAAAGGCAGUAGUGCAGGGCUAUGUCGCGAGCUAUGUAGUAGAAUGAUAAAGUAAGCAAUAGUAAUGAUUUGAUUAAAAAUGAAAUAUCUAAUUAUGAGUAAAGUCAGGAUUGCCCUCUUAGUGUUGUUUUAUUUCUGGCCUCCAAGGAGCAUGGAACAUGUAACAUGGCAGUGCUGAUGGAAGAGGUGAAGCUAAAGUUGAUUUCUUGUCUAACGCAUCCUGGAUGCAUUUAGUUUUGAUUCAAUAAGAACAGAAACAAAAAUAAAAACUGAAAUAAAAAUAGCAUUUUAUUGCCAAGUUUCAAUAAUGUCACUUGAAGGUAGCUUCAGGGUCUGGGAUCUAGCCUUAGAUCUUCUUUUAGAUUCAGGUAGAAAACAUGUAAGGAACAGAAGGCUGCAUAAAGGCUUUUUUUCUCACAAUUAAUUGGCACUUAGUAGGAAGGAAAUAUUGUGAACAAGACAGUAAGGUAUAUUAUUCCCUUGAAUACCCUUGUCACAUUAAAGGGCCUGACUGAUAUUUUUCUUUCUCGGAGAACAAGAAAAUGGAGAAAUCCUUCAAUUUUAUAGUUUGUCUCUCCCGCUCCCAAAGGGGCGUGCAUAAGAGCACAAGCGUACCUACCGUUCCUGUCCUAUUGUUUCCUUUCAUUAUAUCCAAUUAAUAUAAUUAUUAUAUACUUAUGCUUAUAUAUAUGCUUAUAUAUUGUAUAGUUAUUUCAUGCUUAUGCUUAUAUAUAUACUGUGUGACAAA